AUGGUUCAUAUAUUGUAUUUGUGAGGAGAGUAGUUGCGGUUGUAUCGGAGGAACCGGCCAGGAGAACGUGUAUAUUAGUAAUGAUGGAAAAUUUUCGGGAUGGUGUUUCUUUUUUUUCCAGAAGUCAGGGAAGAAAAGCCACCAAAAAUAACUCCUCCAUACAGAACAUAGGAGAUACGUGGUCCGGAUGUCGCGCCUGUGCAGAACAAUUAUCUCCUCCACGUUCGCGCUAAUCUGUCAGGUGGGCGUGUUUCAGCGCUGCCAUUGGACGAACGCGGCCCCCCUUCCUCUCCGUCUUCCGCUUUCUUUUCAUACGCACGCCCAGCCUCUGAAUAAUGAUAAUAAUGAUCAAGAUGGCUACUUCAGAAUUCUCCUUGCGGUAGCUAAACAUCACUUUCAUGGAAACACGUAAAACAGCUAUUUCAUUCUGUUUAAGAGCCUCGUAGGUGACGGGGGCCGUGUCAGGGAUAGUACUAUAUGGAUUAAAUCGGGCUGUGCAGAGACAAAAGUCGUUGGGCUGCCUGCAGUACUCAUUCUGAGGAAGCUAACUAGCAGAGCAACUAGCUAGCUGUACUUGUCGAUCGUCUCCAGUUUAGGUUUCCGAGCAGCUGCCGCUCAGAGGAGCGUGGCGCUUAACGUGUUGUGUGGAAGGUUGUUGGACGCAGAGCGUCAAAUGGCAGAGCCAAGGAAAGUGCCGUUCGUUACUAUUUCGUCCUUCAGCACCUCGCCGCCGACCCCAGAGACCAGUAAGAAGCGCCGCCGCGAAGAUGAGGCCAUCGACAUCACUUUUGCGAAAGAUGGAGGUGGAGGUGCCGCCGCGGUCAGGUCAGGAGGUUGCGGAGGUCUGUUCGGUAAUACGAAAGGAGGCGACUCCGAAACCGGGGAGGAGAAACCUACAGUCCGUCUAAACCUCUCACUGGCCGAGCCAAAUGAACGAGGGUCUUCCGAGUACAACUACGGCGAGCUGGUCAACUCAACUUCUUCUUCUCAGGUAAAGCAUGAAGGUGCCUCGGUACCUAAAGGACUCGCUCCUCCGCUGGACCCCAAUGACCCCUUUGCUGAUGAUGAGAAGGAGAGGCGGGAAGUUGAAGAGCUGGCCAGGAAAUUUGAGAACAAAUACGGAGGUGCCACAAAAAAGAAGAAAAAAGACCGGAUUCAGGAUCUUGUUGACAUUGGCUAUGGCUACGACGAGACGGAUCCUUUCAUAGACAAUUCCGAAGCGUAUGAUGAGCUUGUACCGGCCUCUCUCACAACAAAACACGGAGGCUUCUACAUCAACACGGGAACUCUUCAGUUCAGACCCACAUCUGACUCUGAGGGAGAGCAUGCCGGCACCGAGGAUCAUCACUUCAAGAAGAUGAAAGAUGGUGAAGAGCGAGUGAUUAAAAAGCGACGGAAAAAGCAAGAUGGUGGAAUUCUAGAAGAAAAGAAGCCCAGAAAAAAUAAAGUACCAAAGCCUGGAGUUUCGGCUCUGAACAUUCACCGGCCAGAGAAGAAGAAGAGGAAGAAGCUGAUGAAGGACUCCCUACACCUGGCUAACAUGAUCCGCCGCUUCACCAGGGAGAAGGAAGAGAUGCGCAAGAAGAACCUGGCUGCUGCCGGUUUGCCACGGCCCACCGCCAAAGUGCCCAACACCAACAGCGUGCUCGCCAAUGCCCACCCCAAGCCGGCCGACAGCAGCGACUGCAACAUAACACACCUGACCGAUGAUCAGGCCGUGAUGUCACUGCUCGACUCUGCCAAUAAUGACAUGCUGCAGGACAUGAUGGGAGACCUGGACUUCCGAAUGCUGGACUCGCCUCAGCCCUCCAGUCCAGGGCAGGGAGAGAACGGAUCCUUUGGAGCGGGGCAUAAAGCAGGCGUUGUCAGGUCACAGAGUAACAUGAUGACUCCUCCUCCUCCUCUCCCCGUCGGGCUCCCAGCUCCCCUAACGAAACGUAUUGAAGACUUAAGAGCGGCGUCCCGUCUAUUUGAUGAAGAGGGAAGGAAGAAGUUCUUUACACUGGACAUGAACAACAUCCUACUGGACAUUGAGUUGCAGGUUCAGGAGCAGCCUACAGAGGUGCGCUCAGCUGUCUAUUCUCACCUGGAGGCCUUUGUGCCCUGCAAUAAAGAGACUCUGCUCAAGCGCCUUAAAAAACUCAGCCUCAACAUUCAGGAUGACCGACUUCGAACGCCCCUGCUGAAGCUGAAACUGGCAGUGUGCAGCGUGAUGCCAGAGCAGAUCGCUCGCUACAACAUGGACUGCAUCGCCAAAGUGGCAAAGCAGCAGUCUGAGGAAGGAGAGAAAAAUGGGUCAGAUGAUGACGACGACGAGAAACCAGGAAAGAGGGUGAUGGGACCUCGAAAGAAGUUUGUCUGGGAUGACAAGCUCAGAUCAUUGCUGUGUAACUUGGUGCGGGUGAAGCUGGGCUGUUAUGAACUGGAAGGCAAGACCUCUGUGUCUCUAGAAGACUACCUCAAGGCCUUCAUGGAGACUGAAGUAAAACCUCUCUGGCCGAAAGGGUGGAUGCAAGCCAGGAUAUUGUUCAAAGAGAGCACCAUGGCUCACGGCCAUCUAACGGGCUACACAGUAAAGAAAAGGAUGAUUCCUACUCCAAAGGCAAAGCCAAAGGAGGCAGCGUGGGUUCAGCGGCCCACCCCAUCAGCGGGUCCCACUCCCUCCCCUGCUGCCCAGGUUGCCAAGCGACCUUCUCAGUCGCCAUUGGAGCCUAUAUGUCUCGACUCCCUCGAUGACGCCCCCUCCCUUGACUCCAUCUCUCAGGCUCUGGCCAUCCUCGGCAACGCAGCUAAGGGCUUGGCCCAGGGGGACAGCCCCCCGUCCCCAGAUGGACCCAAGACUGCCACCAACCUCCCCAGCCUCCAUGCCUCACCUCUCCUCCAGCAACAGAAAAAGAACUCUGUCAGCACUCCCAGCUCCAACACACCUCACUACAUCUCUACCUCUUCAUCUUCCUCCCCCUCUCUGCCCCGGCCCCCCUCCAACACGUCUACUCAUCUGACCUCAGUAAGGGUGGAUGGGAUGGGGGUUGUUAAGGGGGCAGUGCAGGCACACAGACAUUCAGUUUUGAACACUCAGAGACCUUUGAGUGUGGGCGUGGUGAAAACAACCACGCACGCCUCGGUUUCCCCACCUAAACCACGCCCCCCACCCACAGCAUCACCGCUAGUGGCCCCAGGAUCAAAGGCGGGGGUCUCCACUCCCCCAUCUGGCCUUCUCAAAGGCAGCAAUAAUAAAGCUAGCAGCAGUGACACGCUCAUCAUUACAUCACCCCUGUCUCGGCCACACACCCUUCCAUCACAGUCCCUUGUACUCCCUAAAACAUUUCAGGCAUCCCGCCUGACCCAGACCCCCCAGAGUAAACCCUCCACCUCCCUCCCUCAGAAUCUCCCUGGCGUUCAACCGCAGCCAAACUUCAUCACCCCAAUGCAUGCCACCCUCACCAAGUCCACCCACAGCAGCAUCCCUCCUAUUGUCAAACUCACUCCCCGAACCCCCAACCCUGUCAUCACUACCACCUCUUCUUCCGUUUCUCAGAGUCCUCGUUCUCAGGCAGCCCCUACCGUACAUCAGUACCCUCCAAAAACCCCUGCAGGCUUCCGCCCGCCCUUCUCAGGUGCCCCUGGAGGAGCAGCCAAGCCAGGGCAAGGCAGCUACACUCCUCCAAGCAGCCAGAAGACCCCCAACGUCAACAGCACCACCAACGCCAGCCUUAUAAACACCUCAUCCAUAAGCAAGCAUUCAGGAACCAGUGCCUCCCCAAUAGCAGCCUCUGCCACCCCAGGCCAGCGACAAAGGUCGGGGGGCGGGACACCUCAGGGGGCAAAACCAGUCGUGUCUGUUCCAUUAUCAUCGGUAUCAUCUCAGUUGCCGCAGGUCUCCACAACAGGAAGCAGCGGUCUGCUCAGCUCAGCCUCGUCCCUUUCUCUGGGAUUUGGGAUGCUGGGGGGCCUGGUGCCCGUAUCCUUGCCAUUUCAGUUACCCCCCAUGCUAAGCCUGCCUCAGCUGGGAACAGGAGGCUCCGGUACCACAGCCAGCAGCUCAGCAGCCAGUAGCAACCUUCCGUUCUCCACCCUGACCCAGAAUCUGUAUAAGAGUCUCCAGUCAGGGUCUCAAGUUGCUCUGCCUCCUCACUUGCAGCUCGCUUUCUCAGAUGUCAGUCAAACCCAGGGAGGAGACAAUAAGAGGAAGACUCUAUGAUCCAGUUGGAUAACAUCCAAUCAUAUUAAUUAAAAAUAAAUCUCUGGAAGGUUCAGGAUGAAACUUGCAUCACACUUAACAGGGGCAUAAGGAGUGGGCUACACUUUAUCAACACCAGUUAAAUAAUAGUAAAAAAUAAAGAAAAAACCUCCAGAGAGCUGUUAAAUGAAAUGGCAAAUCAUGUUUGUCAAUGUUUACAUGAUAGACCUAUAUCACUGUGGACAGGGAGAAUGAAUGAGAUUUAUAACAGUGUGUGUGUGCGGAUGAGGACCUGUUUGGUUGGCUUGACUGUGUGCCUUUUGUAUGUCUCCCACUCUGAUGCAUGGUCAGUGUGUCUAUUGGUGCUGUUUUUUAUCUUAAUGUAAUUACCACUGAAACUUGUAUGAAAAUGUAAACUGCAAAUUGUUGAAUUUGAGCUUUUUUAUGAGAGCUGUACAUGUUUUCAAUGAACUUGAAUUCUUGGAUGAAUCUGCUUCUGUACAGAACUCAAGCCUACUUUUAAUUAAAAUCCUUCUCUCAGAUGGAGUCACUUGA